AUGCUGUCACCAAGUAGGGGUAAGGUGCUCGAGAGAGCAAUCUCAUCCAAUUCCGCCGUCACACUACCAGCCUUUCUCGUGCCCGCUUUCCAAUCAACUACACCCCGACGACAAUUCUCCAACACAUCGAGUAAACCCUCAAAGCUCGGACGGAUGCCCAUAUCAAUACCGCCUGGUGUCGAAUUGACUAUUGGCGAACCCAGAGUCAAGAAAGACCCCACGACCUACCUCAGAAUACCGAAGCGAACACUCACGAUAUCUGGGCCAUUAGGAAAGCUCGACUUAGAAAUCCCACCAUACCUUACAAUCAACCAUGACGAAGUGGAGAGGAAGGCCUUGCUUAGUAUUGAGGAUACCAAAGUAAAACAACAGAUGGAGAUGUGGGGAACUACUUGGGCAUAUCUCAGGCGACAUAUUAUCGGCGUUUCGGAAGGACACACUGCAAUUCUACGACUCGUUGGUGUGGGUUACCGAGCGACAGUCGAAGAGCGACCGAAAAAGGCAGAAUAUCAAGGGCAAAAGUUUGUGUGUCUAAAGCUCGGAUUUACACACCCGGUAGAAGAACCAGUACCCCUCGGCAUAUCAGCUAGCACGCCGCAACCUACAAGAAUCCUACUCGAAGGUGUUAACAGGGAAGAGGUUAUGUCCUUCGCGGCCAGGAUACGCAAGUGGAGGGUUCCCGAACCGUACAAGGGAAAGGGUAUUUUCGUCAACGAGGAGACUAUCAAGCUCAAGCAAAAGAAGAUCAAAUAG